GUCUAUUUUUUGUUCGUCGCCCUCUCCUUCUCAGUGGCCUUCCCUCAUUUCGCUCCGGCGGCUACGAGGGGCGACGACUCCACGUCUGCGACGAAUUCGGUGACGUAGAGGGGUGCUGCAGCGGUCGGGUGUUGCUAGCAUCAGCCUCGAAGGACUUCACGAGCACAGCGACCGACGGUUUCUAGCGGGGCACCGGCGGUGAGAAGCUGCGGUAUCCACCACCGGAAACCUUGCUCGGUGGAAGUAGGAUCCACUCCGGUAUUGUAAUUGCUACCUUUUACCUUGCCAAAAGAAUGGAUGGGGAGUCAGAGCUGAAACUGAGCCGUCUGUUGGUUCUAUAUGCUUCCCAAACCGGGAACGCUAUGGAUGCUGCUGAGCGGGUUGGAAGGGAGGCAGAGCGUGGUGGCUGUCCUUCUGUCCAAGUCAUCUCCAUUGAUCGGUUUGAUGUGAAUUUCUUGCCAGAUGAAAAUAUUGCAGUUUUUGUUGUUUCCACCACAGGGCAGGGUGAUGUGCCAGAUUCAAUGAAGGUUUUCUGGAAGUUUCUUUUGCAAAGGCGUCUCAGCAAUAAGUGGUUGGAAGGACUUCAAUACGCUGUUUUUGGGCUGGGUGAUUCAGGGUACCAGAAAUAUAAUUUUACUGCAAAGAAAUUGGAUAAAAGGCUUUCCGAUCUCGGAGCAAUGCUUUUAAUUGAAAAAGGUCUAGGGGAUGAUCAACACCCUUCUGGAUAUGAAGGUGCCUUAGAUCCUUGGUUGUCAUCUUUUUGGAAGAAGCUGAAUAUGAUGCAUCCCAACAUUUUGCCUAGGAUAUCGGAUAUUAUGGACCCUUCUAUGAGAAGUUUGGAGCAAGCAAAAUUUGAGGUCACAUACCAUUUGUCGGACAACAUCCAACUGGAGCUUUCAAAUGUAUCUGACUUGAAGGAGACUGAGAAGGUGAUUGAGAGUGCACUUUCAAUGUCGCCAGUGCAGUUUUACUAUCAGAACAAGAAGCCACAUUAUUUCUUGAAGAUGAUAACUAAUCAUCAACUAACAAAACCAAGCCAGAGUAGAGAUGUACGCCACUUUGAGUUUGAAAGUUCAUUGAAUUCCAUUAACUAUCAAGUGGGUGAUGUUCUUGAGAUUCUCCCAAGUCAAAAUCCUGCAGCUGUUGAUGCAUUUAUUAGGCGCUGUAACUUGGAUCCAAACUGUUACAUCACUGUCAAUCCCAGAGAUGCAGCCAAGCCAUCCAUUGGUAGGCAUACAAUGAACAUGGUGCACCCUGUUAAACUGAAGAGUUUUGUGGAACUCACCAUGGAUGUGGCAUCAGCUUCUCCUCGGCGUUACUUCUUUGAGGUGAUGAGCUUUUAUGCUACAGCUGACCACGAAAAGGAAAAACUUCAGUAUUUUGCCUCUCCAGAAGGAAGGGAUGAUUUGUACGAGUACAAUCAGAAGGAGCGGAGAUCUGUUCUUGAGGUACUGGAGGAUUUUCCAUCUGUGGAAAUGCCAUUCGAAUGGUUGGUGCAAUUGGUCCCUCCACUAAAAACAAGAGCAUUUUCCAUCUCCUCAUCUCCUUCUGUUCAUCCAAAUCAAGUGCACCUAACUGUGAGCAUUGUUUCAUGGAUCACUCCGUUCAAGAGAACGCGAUAUGGUCUCUGUUCAUCAUGGCUUGCUGGACUUGAUCCAUGCGAAACCAACGAAUUUCACAUUCCCUCGUGGGUCACUCGAGGCGCUUUGCUACGGCCUCUACCAUCAGUACCACUCAUUCUUGUGGGACCAGGAACAGGAUGUGCACCAUUCAGGGCAUUUGUGGAGGAACGUGCUCAACAGAAAUUAACCAGAUCAAUAUCUCCUGUUCUCUUCUUCUUUGGGUGUCGGAAUGAAGAAAAUGAUUUUUUAUAUGAGAAUUUCUGGUUGUCUCAUGCCCAAAAUAACGGGGUGUUAUCCACAAACAAGGGUGGCGGUUUUUUUGUUGCAUUCUCUAGAGAUCAGCCGCAAAAGGUUUAUGUGCAGCAUAAGAUGAAGGAAGAGAGUAAAAGAAUUUGGAAUCUUCUUAGUGCAGGUGCUGCAAUAUAUAUUGCAGGGUCCUCCACGAAGAUGCCAGCAGAUGUGACUUCGACUCUGGAAGAAAUUAUUAUGGAAGAAAGUGGGAUCUCUAAAGAAUCAGCCGCAAAGUGGCUCCGUCUACUAGAGAAGGCUGGUAGAUUUUUCAUUGAGGCAUGGUCUUGAACUAUGAGACUUUUGGAUCGAUGCAGGAAAUGAAUAUUAUUGGUUUGAUCCAACAUCUAUUUGAUCCGAUCAAGGUGCACACCACUGAGAUGAGCACGGUCGAUUAGUAUUUCUCACGGUACUCACAUCGGUAAUUGAAAUAAUACAGUUUCCUUCUGAUAGAGUCAUUCAGUAAUAUGGGAAUCAACUUUUAGCAACAUUUUUGUGCAAGAGACACUACAGGUACUUACUACACUUUCACACUUGCAUUCCCGUUGUUAUGAAUCAAGAAUAGCACAUGCCAACAUCUCAGUACAUAGUCGGCGAAUUUAUAAACAAACAUUCGAUACAGAUAUUAUCCAACACUCGGGUUUAUUUGGUGUUGCUCUGUCAUCAGCUGUGUAGAUCAUCAUGACUUCAGUAUGCAUUCUGUAGGAGUAAACAUGGUUCUGAUGAACUUCUGCAUUCUUGAUGUUCGAUCAUGCUGAGGCAGAUCAUAUUCUCAGUCUAGACAAUAUGCUUAGAGAUCGUCGGACAUUUUCGUAAAGCUUGACUACAUUAUCGGAAAGAAUGAUUGAAAAAUGAGCAAACUUUUGGUCCAACCGGGAACUUGAUCUUUGCAGUCAAACAAUGGCACAUCUGCUUGUUCGCAACAACUAAACCAGUCUGUAAGGGUCAUUCUUCAAUCAAAUGGUUCAGUUAGAAUGCUACUGUUCCAUGAUUGGCAGUCUAAUAAGUUGCACAAAACAUUUAGCAAACUUUUUAUUUUGUAACAUACCAUUGAACUUUAGAUGGGGAACCAAACUUAAAUCGAUAAGCUGUUAACAAUCCAA